AUGGGAGACAAGAUAUCCGUCGAUUCAAAUACUGUGUCUGACCUUCUUCUGUCGGAUGCCUCGCAGCCAGCGAGUGUUCACGGAGAGGCAUACAACAAAGAGACUUUGAUCAAGUAUAAAAAUUCUGCCAAAGUAUCCGGGCGAAAGGACAGAGCUCGCAUUCACAAGAAAACCAAGCAGCGAAGUGGCAAGAAGAGGAUAGCCAAGAGCAAGAGUGUAUGA